GGAGAGAGAGAGAGAGAGAGAGAGAGAGAGAGAGGGCGAUCGUCGCAGCGGCGGAGAAAUCGUCGGAGAGAUCUGGGCGGCGCGACGACGAUGGUGCCUGACGCGGCCGCGGCGGACGAGGAGAAGUGCCUGGCCGACGGCAUGGGCCGCCUCCAGCACAACGCAUUCUACAUGCACCGUGCCUUGGAUUCCAAUAAUCUGAAGGAUGCGCUCAGGUACGCCGGGCAGAUGCUCUCGGAGUUGCGGACUUCUAGUCUUUCGCCGCACAAGUACUACGAACUAUAUAUGAGGGCCUUUGAUGAGUUGAGAAAGGUGGAGAUGUUCUUCGUGGAGGAGACAAAGCGGGGCUCCUACUCAGUGACUGAUCUGUACGAGCUCGUGCAGCAUGCAGCUAAUAUCUUGCCCAGGCUGUAUCUCCUCUGCACAGUAGGAUCUGUUUACAUCAAAUCAAAGGAGGCUCCCACCAAGGAUGUUCUUAAAGACCUUGUAGAAAUGUGCCGUGGUAUUCAGCAUCCUGUUCGUGGGCUUUUUUUAAGAAGUUAUCUUUCUCAAAUCAGCAGAGAUAAGUUGCCUGAUAUUGGUUCAGAAUUUGAAGGGGGUGCCAACACUGAUAAUGAUGCUAUUGAGUUUGUGCUCCAAAACUUUACGGAGAUGAAUAAACUCUGGGUCAGAAUGCAGUAUCAGGGACCCACAGGGGAGAAAGCGAAGAGGGGAAAAGAAAGGAGCGAACUCCGUGAUCUUGUUGGAAAAAACCUUCAUGUUCUUAGCCAGCUCGAGGGUGUUGAUCUUGAUAUGUACAAAGAGACUGUUCUUCCCAGGAUAUUGGAACAGGUUGUGAAUUGUAAAGAUGAGCUAGCUCAGCAUUACUUGAUGGAUUGUAUAAUUCAAGUCUUUCCAGAUGAGUACCAUUUACAGACUCUUGAAACAUUAUUAAGUGCAUUUCCCCAACUUCAGCCAACUGUUGAUAUUAAAACGGUGCUCUCCUUACUUAUGGACAGACUAUCCAAUUAUGCUGUGUCAAGUACAGAAGUGCUACCUGAAUUCUUGCAAGCUGAAGCUUUUGCCAAAUUGAACAGUGCUGUUGGAGAGGUGAUAGAAGCACAGGUUGAUAUGCCUAUUUCUGGAGUAAUUACUUUAUAUGUGUCACUUCUUACAUUUACUCUCCGUAUCCAUCCUGAUCGACUUGAUUACACGGAUCAAAUACUGGGAGCAUGUGUACAGAGACUCUCCGGGAAAACAAAACUUGAGGACAGCAAAGCAACUAAGCAGAUUAUUGCACUCUUAAGUGCUCCACUGGAGAAGUAUAAGGAUAUUUCUACUGCAUUAAAUCUUCCUAACUAUCCCCGGGUCAUGGAUCAUCUAGAUAAUGCAACAAAUAAAGUCAUGUCAGCUAUAAUCAUUCAGAACAUAAUGAAGAACAACACCUGCAUCUCUACAGCUGAUAAAGUUGACACUCUAUUUGAAUUAAUAAAAGGGCUUGUAAAGGAGACAGAUGAGGCUCAAGAUGAUGAGCUUGAUGAAGAGGAUUUUAAGGAGGAACAGAACUCUGUCGCUCGUCUCAUUCACAUGCUGUGUACUGAUGAUGCUGAGGAGAUGUUUAAGAUUAUAUGUACUGUGAGGAAGCAUAUUCUUCUUGGAGGUCCUAAACGCCUAGCUUUCACCGUACCUCCCCUUGUCUUUUCUGCCCUUAAGUUGCUUAGACAUUUACGAAAUCAGGAUGGAGAUGUGAAUGGACAAGAGGUGUCUGUAACACAAAAGAAAAUAUUUCAACUUCUGCAUCAGACAAUUGAGGCCUUGUCAUCUGUUCCUUCACCAGAACUUGCUUUAAGAUUAUACUUGCAAUGUGCUGAGGCUGCCAAUGAUUGUGGUCUCGAACCAGUUUCAUAUGAAUUCCUGACACAAGCAUUUAUAUUGUAUGAAGAGGAGAUGGCUGACUCGAAAGUGCAGGUGACCGCAAUACACUUGAUUAUUGGAACCCUCCAACGUAUGAAUGUAUUUGGAAUUGAGAACAGAGAUACAUUAACACAUAAGGCCACAGGGUAUUCUGCAAAACUUCUAAAGAAGCCUGAUCAGUGCAGAGCAGUUUAUGCAUGUUCACAUCUAUUCUGGGUCAACGAGCAGGAUGGUGUUAAAGAUGGAGAAAGGGUCCUCCUUUGCUUAAAGCGUGCCUUGAGAAUUGCAAAUGCUGCCCAACAGAUGAACGCAACAAGGGGUAGCAGUGGACAUGUGACACUGUUCAUUGAAAUGUUGAACAAGUAUCUAUACUUCUUGGAGAAAGGAAAUCCUCAGAUAACAAGUUCUGUGAUUCAUGAUCUAAUUGACCACAUCAGGACUGAGAUACAAAGCGACAAUACAACAUCAGAUCCAUCUGAUAAUGCUUUCUUUUCCAGUACAAUGCGAUAUAUUGAGUUUCAUAAGCAGAAAGGUGGCAGCAUCAGUGAAAGUUAUGAACAAAUCAAAGUAUAAUCAAUCAUGAUGUGAACUUGGACAGAAAGCUGCUCUCCCAGGUCAUAUGAGUGAGGAUUUGUAUCAUACCAGGAUCAAUAAUUUCCCAUAUUUUUAGUUCCAAGAUGGUAACACCUUGUACAUGUGCAAUAGAUUGGAAAUUCUUUGGCAGGCUCGUUCAUGUAUGCUGAGCUUUUUGUUGCACAAGUUUCCAACCGUCCAUUUGCUUUGCUCCAAAGCACCUACUUGAAGCUUUGGAUUUGUAGUGGAAGCAAUCAUUACUUCAAAGGUAUACAUGUAACAAAACCAUCUAUUGCUGUUCUGCUUUAACAUCAUACAUAAAUUGCAUUUUAAUUUCUUCUUUUAA